UCGGACACAGCGGGCAUGAGCAAUGCGAGGGCUACAGGCCAGAGGCACUGGGUGGGCAAAGAGGUGUGUCCGUCUGGGUCUGUCCCUGGCGCUGAGCCAGGCCUGAGUCAUGUUGCUCACUCCCUCCUCCCAGCUCUUCUCUGCUCACCUCUGUGCUGCUGCUGAGGGAGGCCCGCCCUGGUGCCGGCUGCUGCUUGUGCCCUUGGGUGGGCAUGGGUAGAGGGGCCGGGGCUGCCGAUCCUGCCCCAUCCCCUGCGCAAGCUUCCCUCCCGCUGCACUGAAUGUCUGCUUAGGUUAAUUAUAACUCUGACCUAAGUGCCCUGUGACUCCAGGCCCCAGCGGCCCUGCCGGAGAACCAGCAACCAGGUCCAUGUCCCAGCCAUGCUCCCUGCAGACGUGCCCCUCUCCCACCAGAGCCCUCCGGUGCUGUCGCUGCUGCUGCUGCUGCUGCAGCUGCUGCCCCCCACAGCUUCCUUCUUCCCCAACAUCUGGAGCCUCCUGGCUGCCCCCGGCUCCGUCACCCACCAGGACCUGACUGAGGAGGCGGCCCUCAACGUCACCCUACAGCUCUUCCUGGAGCAGCCGCCCCCAGGUCGGCCCCCACUUCGGCUUAAGGACUUCCUGGGCCGCACCCUCCUCGCUGACGACCUCUUUGCUGCCUACUUUGGACCUGGAUUUCCUUCCCGGCGGUUCCGAGCAGCCUUAGGUGAGGUGUCUCGUGCCAAUGCAGCCCAGGACUUCCUGCCAACAUCCAGGAACGACCCUGACCUGCACUUCGAUGCAGAGAGGCUAGGCCAGGGACGCAUGCGCCUGGUGGGGGCUCUCCGGGAGGCCCUGGUGGCAGCCAGGGCCCUGGAGCACACCCUGGCCCGCCAGCGCCUCGGGGCUGCGCUUCACACUUUGCAGGAUUUCUAUAGUCACAGCAACUGGGUGGAACUGGGGCAGCAGCAACCACACCCUCACCUCCUCUGGCCGAGGCAGGAGCUCCGGAGCCUGGCACGAGUGGAUGAUCCUACCUGCUCUGAUUGUGAGGAGUUGAGCUGCCCUGGGAAUUUGUUGGGCUUUACACUCCUCACGUCUGGCUACUUUGGAACUCAUCCCUCCAAACCUCCAGAUCUCUUUCCCAAUCCAGGGAAAUGUAGCCAUGGGGGCCGUUUUGACCGGAGCAGUUCCCAGCCCCCACGGGGAGGCAUCAACAAGGAUAGCACAUCCCCAGGCUUCUCCCCCCACCACACACUACACCUCCAGGCGGCAAAACUGGCCCUUCAGGCCUCCAUCCAGGCCUUCAGUCUCCUGAGAAACCGCCUGGGAGACAGAGGUUUCUCCAGACUGCUGGACAUCAGCCCAGCCUCCAGCCUGAGCUUCGUCCUGGACACUACAGGCAGUAUGGGUGAGGAGAUCAAUGCUGCCAAAAUCCAGGCUCGCCACAUUGUGGAACAGCGGCGGGGCAGCCCCAUGGAGCCCGUCCACUACGUCCUGGUGCCUUUCCACGAUCCAGGGUUUGGUCCUGUCUUUACAACCAGUGACCCUGACAGCUUCUGGCAACAGCUCAAUGAGAUCCAUGCUUUGGGGGGUGGAGAUGAGCCUGAGAUGUGCCUGUCGGCCCUGGAGCUGGCUCUGCUGCACACCCCUCCGCUCUCAGACAUCUUUGUCUUCACUGACGCCUCCCCCAAGGAUGCCAUGCUCACCAGCCGGGUGGAAUCCCUAACUCAAGAGCGGCGCUGCAGAGUGACGUUCCUAGUGACUGAAGACCCAUCGAGGGUUCAGGGCCGAGCUCGGCGUGAGGUCUUGUCCCCUCUGCGUUUUGAACCAUAUGAAGCGGUGGCCCUGGCCUCAGGAGGAGAGGUCAUCUUCACCAAGGACGAGCACAUUCAAGAUGUGGCCGCCAUUGUUGGGGACAGCAUGGCUGACCUGGUUACCCUUCCCCUGGAGCCUCCUGUUGUGGUGUCUGGGAGGCCACUUGUGUUCAGUGUGGAUUCGCUGCUCCAGAAGGUCACAGUUCGGAUCCACAGGGAGGUCAGCAGCUUCUGGAUCAGGAACCCUGCAGGGGUCUCCCAGGGCCAGGAGGAAGGUGAGGGGCCUCUAGGACACACGCGUCGCUUUGGGCAGUUCUGGAUAGUUACCUUGAAUGACCCGCCACAGACAGGGACCUGGGAGAUCCAGGUCACAGCUGAGGGCACGCCCCGGGUGAGAGUGCAAGCUCAGACAUCUCUGGACUUCCUCUUCUACUUUGGGAUUCCCAUGGAGGAUGGCCCCCACCCUGGCCUCUACCCCCUGACUCAGCCAGUUGCAGGCCUCCAGACCCAGCUGCUGGUAGAGGUGACAGGGCUAGGCUCCAGAGGCAAGCCCGGAGACCCUCGACCACACUUCUCCCACAUCGUCCUUCGAGGGGUCCCUGAUGGUGCUGAGCAGGGCCGGGUGCCUCUGGAGCCCACAGGACCGCGGGAGCGUGGUCUCUUCACCGCCUCGCUCCCACCGGCGCUUCUGUCCACCACGGGACCCUUCACUGUGGAGCUGAUCGGCCAGGACGGAGAGGGGCGAGGCCUGCACCGAGCGGCCACCCAGCCAUGCACCGUGGUUCCCGUCCUUCUGGAGUUGGGCGGCUCCCCAGGGUUCCUGGCUCCAGGCAGCAAGGUCCCACUCAGCCUCCGCAUCACUAGCUUCUCAGGUCCUCAGGAUCUCGACCUUAGGACAUCUGUCAGCCCCAGCUUCCCUCUCACCUCCAAUCUCUCCAGGGUUCGCCUGGAACUGAAUGAGUCCGCCUGGGGAUUCCUAUGCUUGGAGGUUCCGGACUCAGCCAUGACAGACUCAGUGGUGACAGUGACUGUGACCGUGACAGGUCGAGAGGCUAGCCCAGGGCCUCCCACCCACGCUUUCCUCCGGCUCCUGGUGCUGGGCCCCGCCCUGCAGGACCCUCUGGCCACCCCUGCCCACUCAUCUGGCCCCAUCCUCACCUCGACCAGCCCAGCCUCCACUUUGGUGACUCAGGGAAGGGCCAGGGGAGGGCGGGUGGACAAGCCCUGGUGGGGCACAGUUGGAGGGGUGCUGCUCCUGCUAGGCCUGGCCUCCUGGUGACAUGGAGGGAUGGCUCUCCAGAGCUAUUUGCAAUCUUGCCCCGUUGGUGAGAAGGUAAUGUGAGCCUUGGGACCCCACCUCUCCCAGCUGGGAUGGAGGUUUUCCUUCUCUUGCACUUGUCCCUCUCUUUCUUAGUGAGAUCGGGAUAGAGGACAAUAGAUUUUCCCACAGUGCACUUUCUUUAACCCUGGUGGGAACUAAACCAAAUACCUCUUUUUGGAGAAAAUUGCUUCCUAUCUCUCCAUAGCAUCUCGUUAUUCCACUAUUUAUUCAUGCUUUCCCAAGCUCAGGUAGAAGGAAAGAUAUAUGGAGAGUAGACUAAAUUUGGGAGUGGGGUUUAUUUAUAGAAUUGUUCUUAUUUAAAAUUCUGAAGAAGCCCCUAUUUUAUUUUUGUAUUUAAAGUUCAAGGACGGUUUCAAUAAACAUGUGUUCUCUAGA